ACGUUAAAAGCGUUUUUUAUUUUUGAAAUAUUUAAUUUUACUUGGUAAUUUUAUAAAUUAGCAAGGAUGAUAGUUAAAUAUAAUUUUUAAUAAUUUUUCACAUUGUUAAGCAAUAUUGAUUUAGUGAUAGCGAAGUAUUCAUAAAAACGCAAAUAAAAAUCAAGAAACACGACAAGCUUGAAAAAUAUGUCAUCGCAAAAUCCAUACCGUGUAUUAGCAGGUUAUGUCAUAAUGAGUAAUUUAGAUCCGAACAAAAACCAAGCAAGUUUGGGAAUGAAAGCAGUCUUCCAUCCAGAUCCACUGACUAACUUUGUUUUAAUUAUGGUCUUACCAGCUUUUGAAUACACAUUAUUUGUAGAUUUUCGUGGACUAAGGUUUAAUACAGAAGAAACUGUAAAUGAAAACUGCGAAACAAUUUACUGGACAAAAGUAAAGCACUUAGGUAGUACAGAAAAUAUUUAUUAUUAUGAUUAUGUAUUAGUUAACCAAAUACCAUGCGUUUAUCAUAUUUGUCAUACUCAUAACACAGAAGAUAUGGUUUUAUGUCCAAUAGAACACGAGUCUGUAGUGGAUAUGUCUGCGGCUGUUAUUUGUAAUUCACAUUUUAUGGGUUUUGUUGAAUUUGGUCGUUACGACGGCAAAAAAGUAUUUUAUCAUAAAAUCACUAACAAGGUUAUAGAAUGGAUGAGACAGCAAACUACCGAUGAGACCUAAAUUUUACAUAUCAAUUGCUUUUACUUAGUUAAAAUGUUCAUAAAUAAUUAGAUUAAUCACGAUAAUAUUUAAGAAAAUUUGAAUCGGAUUGAAGUACAAUCUACAUUUCAAAAUUAUUCGUUCUAUUAUGAAUCAUUAAUAAGUUUAUGAAUUAAAAUUCACGAUGCAUUUAAAAUCUAACAAAAAUUGUAGAAUGUAAUAAUUACAAUUUUUCAAUUAUUGAAUUUACU